CCAGUAUUCAGCCCACCCUCCCCCACGCCCAACGAGGUUCGUGUAGGCAACUUGUAUCACCCUCCUUCCGUCACGACACCAUUUCUUCCGAUCGGCAUACGGAAAGGCCAAGAGCUAGCAUGAGGCUUGAAACCAGCAUGAAAUGGAGGUAUUAAUGCCCAACUAUUAACCACCUGAGCUCUCAAGGCUGCGUCCAACUUCACCAAAACACUCAUCCGCAGACACAACCGGUACGCAUCGGCGGAUGCAAACAUGAGCAGCUCCAUUACAGAGCCUACUGCAGGCCCCGGCCAGACGCAGCCAUGGAGGAAGUGGUGGCCGCCCGAGACCGAGACCAUGGCCGAAGACGAGCUGAAAGCCAAGCCAUGGAUCAACUGGAAGCCGGACCCAAAGCAACCGAAUGCAAAGCCCUGGCUUCAAUGGGUGCCCCGAGAUGCACAUAUCGUUCAUUCUCGCAGUGACUCGGGCCCCGGCUCAGGCUCGGGAUCGGGUUCAGGUUCGGCACCUGUGUCUCCAGUGCCCCCGAGCUCCAACGCCGAGGGAGGUUAACAGGUUCAUGUGUUGCCCACAGCUGUUUCCUGAUAGGGGACAAUGCGUCCUUGAGUGGUACGGGUGUAUGUGAGAGCACGACAUUGUCAUCGCGGGGA